AUGCAUAAGCAUUUAGAAAAGGCCACUAGUGCAGAAUAUGAUGAGCAUUUGAGGAUUGAAAUUUUAUUCUUUCAUUAUUAUUUUGAUGUUGAAAAGGUGCAAGAUUUUAUUAAGGAACAGGAGAAAGUUAAGAAUUUACUGGAAUUAGCAGAGAGGAAAUGCAAUGAUAUGGAGUUGCUGAUGAAGGAAAAGGAAGAAGAGUUGAAUUUAAUCAUUAUGGAGUUGAGAAAGAAAUUGGAAGCAUUGCAAGAAAAGUUCACAAAUGAGGAAUUGGAUAAAUUGGAAGCAUUGGAUUCUUUAGCAAGAGAGAAAGAUGCUAAACUAGCUGCAGAGAGAUUGCAGGCUUCCCUCUCAGAAGAGCUGAAGAGAACUCAAGAAGACAGCGCUAGUGCCAACCAGAAGAUACAGUCACUUAAUGAUAUGUACAAGCGUUUGCAGGAGUAUAACACGAGUUUACAGCAAUAUAAUACUAGACUUCAGUCAGAACUUGCAGCAACAAAUGAAACGCUUAAACGAGUUGAGAAAGAGAAGGUGGCAGUGGUUGAAAACCUGAGCACUUUGAGGGGACACUAUACAUCUUUGCAGGAGCAGCUAACUUCAUCGAGAGUUUUGCAAGAUGAGGCCAUCAAACAGAAGGAAGCACUAGGAAAUGAAGUUGUAUGCUUGAGGGGUGAUUUGCAACAAGCAAGAGAUGACCGUGACUGCCAGUUGUUACGAGUCCAGACUCUAUCAGCUGAAGUAGAAAGAUAUAAAGAGUGCACUGGAAAAUCCUUUGCAGAAUUAGAUAACCUGACUGUAAAAUCAAAUGAGCUGGAGUCAACAUGUUUGUCUCAAAGUGAGCAAAUAAGACGACUGCAGGAGCAGCUAGCUUUUGCAGAAAAGAAAUUGCAGCUGUCUGAUGUAUCAGCAAUGGAGACAAAAUUCCAAUUUGAGGAGCAAAACGCAUUCCUUCUUGAUUUACAGAGUCGUCUGGUUGAUGCAGAACUAAAAAUUGUGGAAGGAGAGAAGGUUCGGAAGAAAUUACACAACACAAUACUGGAGUUAAAAGGGAAUAUUCGUGUUUUCUGCAGAGUAAGACCUCUACUGUCUGACGAUGAGGUUGGAACUGAUGCUAAAGUUAUCUCAUUCCCUAUAGCAAUGGAAGCACUCGAUCGAGGCAUUGAUUUGAUUCAAAAUGGACAAAAGCACUCUUUCACUUUUGACAAAGUGUUUACACCUGAAGCCUCCCAAGAAGACGUAUUUGUUGAGAUUUCACAACUUGUUCAAAGUGCACUUGAUGGUUACAAGGUUUGUAUCUUCGCUUAUGGACAAACUGGAUCUGGCAAGACAUUUACAAUGAUGGGCAAGCCAGGUAUACCUGAUCAGAAAGGUUUGAUUCCUCGAUCCUUAGAACAGGUGUUUGAAACCCGACAAACUCUUCAAUCACAAGGGUGGAAAUAUGAAAUGCAGGUGUCAACGCUUGAAAUAUACAACGAAACAAUACGAGACUUAUUGGCAACAAAUCGAUUGGGGUUUGAUGCACACCGGGCAGAGAACAUGGGGAAGCAAUAUGCUAUAAAACAUGAUGCAAAUGGAAACACUCAUGUUUCUGAUCUUACAGUUGUUGAUGUUCACAGUAGCAAGGAGGUCUCAUAUCUGUUAGAGCUGGCAGCACAUAGCAGAUCCGUUGGCAAGACUCAAAUGAAUGAACAGUCUUCAAGGAGCCAUUUUGUUUUUACGUUACGAAUAUUUGGCAUUAAUGAGGGCACUGAUCAACAAGUGCAAGGCAUCCUCAAUCUAAUUGACCUUGCUGGUAGUGAGCGUCUCUCUAAGAGUGGAUCUAUAGGAGACCGUCUGAAAGAAACUCAGGCUAUCAACAAGAGUUUAUCCUCACUAAGUGAUGUUAUAUUUGCCUUGGCCAAGAAGGAGGAGCAUGUGCCAUUUAGGAACUCAAAGCUAACCUAUCUUCUUCAGCCUUGUUUAGGUGGAGAUUCAAAGACAUUGAUGUUUGUCAACGUUUCACCUGACCCUUCAUCCGUUGGUGAAUCACUUUGUUCACUACGGUUUGCAGCACGUGUAAAUGCUUGUGAGAUUGGUAUCCCCAGGCGGCAAACCAACCUCAGAUCGACAGAUUCUCGCCUUAGCAUUGGCUGAUUUUUGAUAGUGUAACUGUUCUAGAUUUAGGAAAAGUGUGUUAUUCGUAUUUCAAUGGCAUUAACAAGAAAAAAAGGCCCUACUAACAGCAUCCACGUGUGAUUUGUAUGUAAAGACUAUAUUGCCUUUGUAUCAUUGACACUGGAUAUUUAAUGUUCUCUACAAAUUUGUUGCAUAAAAUCAAAUGCAAUCUGUAAUUGAA